CCGCUUACGCCCGUUAAGCGAUUAUCAUAUCUAUAAAGUACGGGGUUCGUGUUCCGGGCUAGACCUGCAUCUAGCCAGGCUGAAUACGACGGAUCACUUCGUGUUCACCCACAUAAUAGAAGCUUUGAUUAGCUACAUAUUAAUGAACUGAGAUCGUGGACUUUCAAAUGUUGGAUGUCAGACCCUAAGUUUGUAAGGAGGGCCUUUCAGAUUCGCACUCCCAAUUAUCAAUUUGAAGUAUCCGAAUUCUGUAUUCCUACUCACUAUAAUGCAUCUUCUGGUACAAUUAUGGGUUGCCGUUUGGGUUACUAUGCUUUCGUCCUCCAGACAAACUGUUGGCGCAGCUCCCACUAGUGGAUGGAUUGAUCAGCCCACUCGAGUGUAUCAUUGUCCCUUCAAUGUCCAGGCCAAUCUGCUUGAGGACCUCUCAAAGUUGCAGAUUAUCUAUUCUGCAAUAGCACCGAACGAAAGUCUUUUCACUUCACACGAUGUCAUUUGUUUUGUCCGUGUCGCAUUCACAUACAGGCCAUUAUACAGUAAUGCUGUAGGGGUAGAGAAGAUACACUACUCGUACAAUGGAGACAAAAACAGUACAUCGAGUUUCAUCGACACAAAAUUAGCAUGGGAUGGAAAUUGGAGCCCCACGAAGUACCAAACUGUCAAUAUUGCCUCGUCAGAAUCGACCGCUGCCAAUACAAGUGCAGUUACCCUCUCGAAUUGCGGCAUCGGCGGUUUGCAUCAACCACACGAGGGGGCUGAACUUAAUGUACAGACGACAUUUCGGGCAUCACUUCUUGGUCCGUUGAAGAGUAACUUCACUAUGGCCUUGAGGCAAGAUCUGGAACUUUGGUGGACUGGCGAGUGCGCAUUUCGAUACGACCAUUUUUGUAGAUGGUUCGAUGUGGAAGGAAACGCUUACGAUAAGACUUAUUGCAAACAACAAGGGCUAUCUUGAAGUAGAACAGAAUGAG